GGGGUGGGGCUAAAGGCCGGAAGUCUCGCGCCGCCACCUCAGCCAGGCGUCGUUCGGGGCGCUGAGAAGCGGAGCCGCUGCCGCCCGGCCCGCCGGAAACAUGGCGGGUAUCAAAGCUCUCGUGGGGCUGUCCUUCAGCGGAGCCAUCGGCCUGACCUUCCUCAUGCUGGGCUGCGCCCUGGAGUACUACGGUGUUUACUGGCCUAUGUUUGUCUUAAUAUUUUACUUCAUCUGCCCCAUUCCCCACUUCAUUGCCAGAAGAGUAAGUGACGACACUGAUGCAGCCAGCAGUGCCUGCAGGGAACUGGCGUACUUCUUCACAACUGGAAUUGUUGUUUCUGCUUUUGGCUUCCCCAUCAUCCUUGCGCGGGUCGAAGCGAUCAAAUGGGGAGCCUGUGGUCUGGUGCUGGCUGGCAAUGCAGUCAUUUUCCUUACUAUUUUAGGCUUUUUUCUUGUGUUUGGUAGAGGAGAUGACUUUAGCUGGGAGCAGUGGUAGGACCUCGCUCUGAUGCUGGUAAUGUCUUCAGCGUAUGUCACCAUAUGUAUGCUGUAUGUGUGUGUCUGUGUGUAUACAUUAUUACAAAUGUGUGUGCAUAUGCAUGCAGUUUGACAUUAUCACAUCCUAACAUGCUUUUAUAAAACGUGUCAGCCAAAGAGGAAAGAUCUUUGUGACAGCUCUCUUAAUGUACUCAGUAAAAGUUGGGAUCUCCAUUGCAAAUCUGUCCACAAAUAAGUUUGCAAAAACAUAAACUGUUUUUACUCGUUUUUCAAUAUAUGUGCAUUAACUUCUGCUCUAGUCAGAGUUUCACUGAUACAUGAGAUGUCGAUCAGCAUGUCUACUUUUUUUCCAAAAACCAUAUAAUUAAAAUAGGUCAAUAUAAAGAUUAUCCUGCUUACUGUUGCUUACCUUGAUUGUCUUUCUGCUCUGAUUAAGGAUGAAUGAGUACUUGCUUUCCACAUGAGUAAUUGUAAUUCUAAUUGUUUUCUUUGAUAACAAAAACAAACAUAGCAUAUGCCAACUCUUACUACCUAAUGAAAGAGGAAGAAAACCCUGGUUAAAAAUUGAUGGUGUUCACUUAGAAUCUACGUUCUUUCUUUUCUCUAAGUUUUGUCACUCUUCAACUUAAUGACUGUGGAUGUAUUUUGGGACUAGUCUAGUAUUGUAAUGUCAACUCUGAGCAUUAAUUCUCUCAUGAAGGCUCACAGAGGAAGAAACUACUCUCAGGACACUUACAGUCACAAUACAGCAUAUGGCUCUGUAUUCCUGUGUGUGAAGUGCCUGAAUUGCAAGGAAGUGAGUGUUCUGCUGGGCAGGACUUAUCUCCUCUGUUCUCAUUGCUUUGGUAACCUUACUUAUUCAAACUGCUAUUUCUUGGCUGUAAGAUUGUUAUGUUAAAACACUAUAUUUUUAUGAUGGCAUUAUCCUAGUAAACAUUCUCAUAAUCUCAUUUAUAAAAGUUAACUUUAUUACUACUUUGACUUGCUGAAGCCUUUGAUUUAUGGAGGCAUGUAAUUUUAUAAAAAUGCUUUCUGGCACAACCCUAACUCUAGAGGACACUUCAGUAGUCCGCAGAGGGGCAAAGGAAGAGACGUGUUAGUUUUAUUCUUAUCUAGGGAAAUUGACAUAGAGAUUCCCGUUCUGUGAAGUAAGAAACCAAUUUCCUGUAGUAGGGUAUGUUUUAUUAUUGAGAGUUUUUUGGAUUAGCAGGGGGCAAAUGCAUAUUUUAUAAUCUGUGCUAGUUCGUGGCUGACUGCUGUGACCCAGCAUGGCUGUGAGGGACUUCUGUAGGGAGGUGACAGAACCAACUCUGCAAGAUGUGGCAGCUUCCCCGAGACAAUACCUUUUGCCCACUAGGUUGUAUGAGAGUACUUACACUGUUGUCCCAACUCUCAUUACCAGUGUACUGCAGAAUGGUGUCCUAUGGGGUGCUGUGCAGAGCAAAGGUUAAAAAAAAAUUAAUGAAUGCUAUGUGAGCACUCAUAACUCUGCCUUUUUUUCAUGCUCAGGGCCCUGCUAAAAGGAUACAAAAGUCAUUCUGUGGUCCAAGUAAUGUAGUAUCAUUCAAAUGUAGACUAUCUUGGCAAAUAAUUCUAGUAUUUGAUUAGAUAGAAAACUGUUAAUUACAUACUUUAAACUUAAACUUCAGAUGUGUGUAAGGUGAACACUUCAGUCUUGAGGAAUGCUGAGUAGUUGCAGCUGAUACUGAAGUGUCUGCAAUGUCAAUCCUGCCAAAGAAGAGUUAAUGUUACAGCACAGGUUUUCUGCCAGAUGCUGGUGCUUCGUUGCAGACAUAGCAGGAAUAUGCUUGUUAAGAUGCUGGGUGUGAGCAGGUUGUCUGACUUCAAGUGAAAUUUGCCAGAUAUGGCUGAUUUGUAAAGUACUGUUGUUCUAAUUAAUUAUUCUGAAUUAUUUAGAGUAAACAUAGUUUCUACAGAGGUCCUGCUUUGAUUUUUUUUUUAAGAAUUCACUUUUUUCCCCUUUUCUAUAACAUUUUUAAUUCAAGUUGAUGAAGUAAAACAUCAGUGAUAUACAACUGAAGUGCCUGAUCCUGCACAUAUCUGAAGUCUUUGAACAUUCCAUUUUACUCCAGCUACAGCACUUUGUGCUUGCAGCGUUAGGUUCUUGAACGUUUUCACUCCUCAGAAUUUGUGUACUAAAGGCUGCAAUAGAAGUCUGUAAAGCUACCCAGUUACCACUGAAGUUUUGCUUUUGAGACAGGUGGAGUAAAGAAAAAAAGCUCACAUCAGUUUUUCUUUAAUAUAAAUAAUAGUCAUUGUAGAUCUGUUUUCCAUCUAUUAGUAAAUAGCACGUGUGGGACAGAUAAGGAUUGGGAUCCUAUUGGGAUGCAGGCAGUAAACAUACGACAAUCUAAAGUGAAAAGGAGGGCUGGAAAUUCUGGUGUAGUGUUGAGGAGGUGUUGCUCCUUAGAAAAUUAUUCCAUUGCACUGUUUUCCUUUGGCUGUUGCUGUGGCAGGGAGAUACUGAAGGAAGAAAGUGAAGACUUCUGAAGCAGCUGCGUGCACUAAUACUUAAUGUGAACCUCAUGCAGUUUUCACCAUGGAUGUUUGUUUUAAAUUGUUUAACAUUUAAAAUCAUAUUUAAUGGUGUUUAAAUAAUGAAAUUCUUCUUUGACCUCUUCAGAAGCAAAUUUGCUUGAAUGAGUUCAGUGUUUAAGAGGGUCAAAAAACCUUCUCAGUGCACUUGGGUUUUUGUUUGCUUGUUUUUACUGAGAGCUUCAUACAUUCACACCAACCUGGUGCUCUGAUGGCCAGUACUGGGCAUGCUGUCACUAUCUGCCAGUAGUGAUUUACUGUGGUUUCUCUAAAAUUGUUUCCUUUAUAGAAUACUAUAUAUCCAAAGUGCCUUAAUUUCAACACUAUGCUGAUUUUGUGAAUGCAUAUAACAUGGGUAUACCAUUUUCAUAAUCAACUGAGAAGCUGUUAUUGCAUUUUUAUAAAUCUGUCUUGCCAAUUAAUCACAUUUUCUGUAAGUCACUAUGCAGUGCAGUUUUUGUAACUUUUGUAAACACUAUUCUUGCUUUUCUGUGUUUGCCGGGUUCUUGAGUUGAAGUAUUAAAAUAUAUCCUGCUUUUCUUCUUGAAUUGUCUAAUAAAACUGAGUAAACAUA